AUGUGGAACGAGAUCGUGAUAUGGGGGUUCUCGACACCAGGGACGCCUUCUACAAACCCUUUGCUAUCUAUGUAUGGACAAGAUGACAGGGAAGUUGACAAGAUCCUCUCGCUCAGCAAUCAAAGCUUUACACAUGUCAAGCACUAUGACAUGAUAUCAGCCGCGCGGAGCCGGAAUAAUGGGAACAAGAAAGGAGGUAAGCAAGGCAAACUACGGCAAGCCAUGAGUCUGGAUAAGAAACGUGUGGCUAUUAGAAUAAUCAUAAAACAACAAAUGAGAUGUCCUCAAACAGGAUCAAACGACUGGAGGUCAAAGAAGAGAAGAGUGACAAACGAUAAGCAAGAAUUUGACGUCAUAUAA